AUGCCUCAAAAAUCCUGGGCGAUCGAACGAGCAUCUUCAGCAGAGUCACUCAAGACUGCGCUCGGAUUAUUGAGUCAGGCCACCCUACAUAGUGGAGAAGAGAGUGGUUCAAGGUUGUCUUCGCUUAUCACCCGAGCGCAGUCGCUUGGAUAUGAUGUCGGCAGCCUGCCAACGGAGCUUGAGGACAUUGCGACAUUGUUCCGCGAGCAUGACGUUGAUGGCGAUGGAGUUCUGGAUCUGCGAGAGGUCAAAGUUUGUAUGAAAAGCAGAGGACACGAAGUCACCGACGAUGAAGUUCUGGAAUUCUGCAAGGUUCAUCAUGAAGAAAAAGGAAUUCAUCUUUCCAACUUCGAGCGAUUUGUCAUUGAGACGAAAGAACGGUCUCAGGUGAAGGUUCUUGUCAAAGAGAUAUUCAACAGUUUGGACGUCAACGGCGACGGAGUGCUGGAAGAGAGCGAGAUCGAACAAGCAACGAAGCAACUCAGGACCAAGUUCGCUGACCUUCACAUCAAGGCAUGCGAUCUCCUGAUCUCAGGGAAGGGCAUGCAGUCGAGUAUCCUGAAAGAAGCGUCGCAAACUGAUGAAUUGAGCCCGACGUCCCGCUGUCUCAACAAUGCGAAAGCUUUCCUGUCCAAGAAGAUUCAAAGCGUCAACGGAGGAGAGAAGCCGAGAGCCCCUGUUCUUGCCAAGCCGCCCGUUCAGGCUGAAGAGAAGCCAUCAGAGGCUGAGGCGUCUCCUGCUCUCCCCAUGGAGACGUUCACAUCUGAUCCCGACGAGGCGAGCGCGUCUGCUCCUCCUGACAAGAUGAGAGUUCGAGCCAUCUCCCCGCGCUCUCGCCGUAUCCUCGAAUCCCUUCCUGGCCAGUACAGGAAUGUGAUGAUCAUGCAUGGCAUAGCAGAGGAGAUGAAGCAGACACAGACGUCUGAGCUGCAACAGAAGCAGCGGAUCAAGGAGCUGAAGGAGCUUUUCGAUCACGUCGACCUCGAUCACAACGGGGCUCUAGACAUCAACGAGCUGCGCGAUGCUCUCAAGUCUCUGGGCUGCUACGUGAACGAGGACCAGCUCUUCUCUGUCUUCCACAAGCUCGAUAUCAAUCGCCAUGGCAGCAUCGACUUCGAAGAGUUCAGAAGUGUGAUGCAACUCUCCGAGGGAGAGAUCAAGGAGGUCUCCCAGGACUCUCUGAGCAGCCCCGAUCUGGUCAUGUUCAAACUUCAGAGCAUGAGACAAGAUUUGAAAACGACUAUCAGCAUGACCAAAGACGUGAUCGCUCAGACGUCAAGCCUUCUCGCCGAUCAGUUUCGAGGCAUGCCUGAGAAGAAGCUCAAAGAAAGAAUAGCUCUUGCCUUCUCCUCGUUCGACUCUUCUGGCGACGGUCUGCUCCAGCCUGCUGAAUUCAAGCUCGCGCUCAAGAGCCUCGGGCAGAACAUGUCGGAAGAAGAAUCCAAGGCGCUCAUCUCUCAGUUCGGGAGCAACGGGGUGCUGACGUUGAGUGACUUCGAGAAGAUGGUGAGAGAGCACCUGGCUCACGUCUGA